UGACGACGACGAGGACAUGCGCGACGCAACACGUCUGCAUGCGUCCGAAUCCGCAAUGUCUGCGCCUUCGGGUGUUGAUCCCCAGGCAGGAUACGAGCAUGUUUUAUCUAACUUGAUCGAGCAACAGACCGCUUAUGCGGCCUUCCUGUCGUCGUUGGACGUUGCCGAUUUCAACGCGUUCAGCAUCAACCAACGUUUUCAGGAGGCUGUCGUCUGGCUGCAGAACCAAGCAGAGAACGAGCAUGUACUACAUGCUCUUGCCGAGGGUUAUUACUCCUCAAGACGUCGUCCAUUCUGCCUUCCAACUGACCGAACCCAUAGGUUCAACCACGUACACGGACGUAUGCCACGCAGUCGAGAAGCUGCAUAUGCUCAUCGACCGCUGCAACGAAGACCAAUAUCUCACGCAGAGGUCCAUCUAUAUCCACGCACAACACAUCUGUUUCUACGUUUCGUGUCUGAACGACGUUCUCGCUAUCGUGAGGAAACAGUCUGUGUUCAACAACUUCAUCCACCGCGGGCGCAUCGAAGACCUUUACCUCGAGACUCACGACUUCACCCGAACGAGAGAGAUUUUCCCAAACGCCGACACGCCCCUCGUCUGUCGCCUGAGCAAUGGAAUCUCGCGACGCCGCAGACGGCUCAAAGAGCGCAUCCUGGCUCCCAGCCUGAGUGUGCCAAAGGUCAAGAGGGAGUACGGCGAAGGCAGCAGAUCCAGCCCUCCCAUGACCCUCCAUGAGCCAGAAAUCCCACUCAAACCUUAUGGGCUCGAGAUCCUCCUAGAGGAGCCCUUUGACUGCGCUACUUGUUUCCGCAAGGUCACGACCGAAACCCAAAGGGACUACAUCCACCACAUCGACCACGACCUCAAACCAUAUCUGUGUACAUACGUAGACUGUAUUACACCGCUACGGAUGUAUGGCAGUCAAGCAGAAUGGUUCGAGCACGAAAAGACCUGCAGGCGCCAGUCCUGGGAGUGCCAAUCCAUCAGAGAACCAGCUUUAAAGUUCAACGGCUGCACAGACGAAAGCGACGAGCCCUUCAGCUUCUCCUCAGAAACUGAAUUCCAAGUCCACGUCCUACAGCAGCAUCCAGAGGAGUGGGACCAGAUCGAGCAGAUCACUGCUCAAUGCAAGAUUGAUGAUAGAAAGUUGAGAAUGUCGCCAGACUGUCGGCUCUGCGGCUUCAGGGCUGGCAACUUGGAGCGUCUGGAACCUCACUUGGGAGCCCAUAUGCGAGAGCUGGCUUUGCUCUCCCUACCCGAGAGCCUCAGAUAAAAUCAAGACACAGUCGUACCAUGGUACCACUUACAUCUUGCCACCAGUGAUCAGGAUGCGGUGACUGUCUGGCUAGAAGUCUGC